UUGAGUCUGUUUUCUGCUGUGGCGCUGAAGUGCAGUGAAUGUGUUACAGUUGAAAGUAAUACCAAAACGUUUUCUUGCAGUGUGGCGUGUGUUAGUAAAAUGGUACCUUUCUGCUAUUGUUUAUUCGCAUAUCUGUUUUCGUAGACAGGGGGAGGAUAUUUGCACAGAUAAAUACAUUUAUGGAAGUGCUCUUGUAUUCUGUAGGGAGACUUCGAAACACGGCAAUUUCAUUCUGUCACGAAGGCCCUCGUAAGACCGCCUAUUACUUGAUGACGUUUCAUAUUUAACUAAAUCUGAAAGGAAACAGACGUAAUUCACAAGGACGAGAAAGAGAUGAAAUAGAUGUUUCUUUUUCGUAAAAAAAAAGCUUAAUUGUGGCUAUGUAUGCCAUUGCUUCUCGACAAUAAACCAUAGGGGUUAUAAAUAUUAUCGUAUGGAAAUGUUAAGUGUAGUUCUUAACUAAGAUGAACACUAGUUCAUUGUGUUUUAACACAUGGGCCAUUUAUUUUAAAAUGGUUCUGUUAAUUAACACGUGUCAAGUGGAAGACGGUGCAGAACUAUAAAUAAACCAAAUACAUGGCGUGCAAUAUAUUAAUGCCGAUGUACCAACGAGACUUUACGCAGUUGUGAAAAAUUGAUGUGACAUAUAGAUAUAAAAAGAUGGAAGACGAAGUGCAUUAAUGAUAAGAAGAAGUGGUACAGUGCCAGCCGGGAAGAGUUGGUGUCUGCGCACUGAAGUCACGUCACCCAUCGCUAGAUUCAUCAGCUGAGCCCAGCACCGAGAACAGGCCUACUUGACAGUGAGACGUGUCCUGAACGAAAUGGCGUCUUGGUGCACGACAUAGCAAGGGCUUCUCGUGGAUACUGGCCGUUGGGGACCGGAUGUCCAAGGGACCUAGCUGCUUGCAGGCAAAAGUGACUCAGACUGCGGGCGGCGGAGCGGAGCGGUGGGAGGAGUCAGCGUUUCCCCUCCCUUCUCCACCAGCGAGUUUGUGCCAUACCCACACUGCAGCUAGCCGAGUGUCUUCAGUUGUGCUCCGUGACCUGAGCUGAGAUGGAAGGCAGGAGGACGAGAGGACAGUUUCACAAGAGUGUGUGACAAUUGCUCGUGUGGCGACGUUUGGUUUCCGGCUGUGAAAAGUUCAGAGAGGAUAUUCUUUAUUUAAAUUACUGACAGCAUACAGUAAGGAGAGGUGGAGUGGAACAAAAAAGUCGUUUGCAUAUUUCACUAUGUGAAUGGAAGAACUUGUUCUUCAUUUGUUUAAAUUAUUUCAGUAAACAAGAGAAGUGAGGGACUUGUCCUAAACAAACACGUUCAACUUUCAGAGAGAGAAAAAAGAAAUGCUUGUUCUGAAGUAAACUUGAGUUAGUAAAACAAAAUCUCGGAGAACAAGCUCGCCUUGUGUCAACAGUGAGUUUCCAAACGAGAACAGUGAUGCGACAUUGUUUAAACAUGACUAGUGCUGCCUCUACAGGAUGACAAUGUAACCACAAUAUGAGUGUCGAGGUGUAGGAAACAGACGCAACAAUGUGCGAGCAACAGUUGGUGGUCGACGACGUCAGUAACAAUCGACGACGCAACAAGGCGCACCAGCUUGUGAUGCUCACGUCUUGGGGCAGCAGCGGUCAGUUUGCGGGCAGGACGUCUCCGUACAGGACACUGUGUCUCCUAACAGCGGGGCUGGCCUUUAUCCUGGGACUGGUGGUUGGAGUCACAAUCCCGCUCUACGUGCUUCCCCGUGGGCUCGCACGCCCCUCCGCCCUGCGGCAUAAUGUCGCCCUAAACGCGAGCAGUGUCAGUCCAACCAGGCUGCGAGGAACUAACGACACAGAGGCUGCCACUCACUUCCCGAGUGUCGCCUUUGUGGCCAGUUCUGCGGUGCCAGUCGCUGUCUUGAGGCCGGCCGUGCAUGACACUGAAGAUUUGAUUGAAGGGGGAGUGUACUGGGGACGUCGGGUGGAGGACGCCAUGCCGGUGGGGUUCGAGGAGUCUCAAGCCGAGGCUUGGCGUCGCUAUGCGCGGAAGACGCCGGUCGUCAAAGUUGAGGAAGGGUGUGGUAGGAUGCAGAACAGACUGGUGACGUUUGAGGACGGUACGCGCUCCUGCUGCAGGUACCGGCAAAACACGGACCAGAUCCAGGGGGAGCUGUUCAGCUUCUACCUCGGACGACUGUUGGGUCUCAGGAACCUUGCGCCCUCAUCCCUAGCUCUGGUCCGGCUCCGAGAUCCCUUAUGGUCGCGGGUUCGACCCCAGUUGUCGCUAGCGCAGUGGAGCGAAGAGCGAGCAGUUGUUCUCACGAGGUUCGUCCCAUACCUAGAGCCAGCGCACAUCCCUCCGUCUCUCCGAACCGCCGCCAGGCGGCUGCACCCUCCGGAUGUCAUGCUGAGCAAGGAGGAAGCCACGCCCGGUAUGCUGACCGAGCUCGCUCAGUGGUCAGAUCUCAUUCUGUUCGACUACCUCACGGCAAAUUUGGACCGGGUCGUCAAUAACCUGUACAAUUUGCAGUGGAAUCCGGCCAUGAUGGACGCGCCUGCACAUAACCUCGCGCGGGAGCCGAACUCCGGGCUCUUGAUAUUCUUCGACAACGAGAGCGGCCUGUUACACGGCUACAGGCUGCUCGGAAAGUACGAGGCGUACCACGGCGCCCUGCUGCAGUCCCUCUGCGUCUUCAGGCGGUCCACGGCAGACGUCAUCAAGCGGCUUCACAGGAACAGGGACGUGGGCACGUUGCUGCAGGAGAGGUUCGACGCCUCGGACCCCGAAUUCCGAGACUUCUUGCCCAGCCUUCCGGACAAAAGCAUUAAGAUUCUGAACGAGCGGAUAGACAGGGUAUAUGAGCAGAUCACGCACUGCGAGCGCCAGUAUUCAGCGCGGAAACUUGCAUGAGCAAGUAGUGAACCUGUUUGUGAUGUUCUACACUAAUUUAUUGAGUUCCUCGUUUUGUGACGUGUUGCGCGAGUUGUCAUGUGCUGCAAUCUGGCGACGAAGUGCAGCAGUUCUAGUCAUCUAUAACCAUUCUUUUUUGUGAUUAAUAACACAUUUGGUGACCUUCUGAAGACUGUCCUGGAAAGUGUAUUUAUUGAAAAGUAUUAAUGUUAUCAUCGGAAAGGAACUUGAGUGUGCUGUGUUGGGGUCGUUGCUCUGAUAGCAGAAUCAGCUGGCGGUGUAGUUAAAUGAAGAGAGCACCGUAGUGUUUGGUACAGGCAAACAUGGCCAUGUUUGAGGUUUGCACAAGUUCUGGGGACGGAAAAUAGGAAAUUCCAACAGUGUGUUUUUAAAAAAAAAAAAGUUUAUUACGUACAUAUUGGUUAAUAUUCAGUUGUUAAAAUAUGUGAAUAAUUUUCACAAAAAAAAUAUACAAAUUAUGAGACUUAAAUUUACAAGUGCCUUUGUACUUUCCUUUACGUUAAAGAAGGCGGUCGCCAUGGAUACGUGACCAUUCGAAUUUUAUGCCGAAAUUAUAAUUUAAAUUAGUCUCAUUCCUUCAGAACCGUUGUAUUGCUUCAUAUUACAACAAUUAGACAUUGAUUUCAGAGGCAGUGACAUAUAAAAGGUAAAGCUAUCCCUGUGCU